CGCAAAUUUAGAAAGUUAGAAUUUUAUGUGCUAUAUUAAAAUGAAAAAAAAUAUUUCAUCCAGUACAUACAUGCAUUAUAUAACCGUCAAGAGAAGUGAUCAUAAGGCAAGGCAGAGGGUUUACCAUAUCAUCUAUUGCUCAUUAAAGCAGCAUAAGUUUGGGAUAAAAUGUUCUUGUUUACCAUUAUGCACCGAGGCAUGGUUAAAAGGUAAAUAUUCUCAACCAACAUGGAACAGGCCUUUCUGUUUGCAAAGAGGUAAAAAGGCGGAAAAGAAAAAGGAUCUGAACCGGUUUCCAUGUCAAACACUUCAAUUUUCCAUAGAAACUCUGAUCUUAACGCAGAAACUUUAUUAAACCUUGAUGGUGGAUUGAUAAGGCCGAAUUUCUAUCGGUUCCUUUUUAUUGUGGAGACGGGGAGGGAUGACAGAGGUAAAUUGCUCUUUUAAUUAAACCAAUGCACCAAAGGAAAUUGCUGUCUGAAUAUUGUCUCAGAGAUAGGGCUUGUGACAGUUGCCUGGAAACUUCAAUCUGUCUCGCAUUUAUUCCAGAUCACAGUUUUGAGAUAAAGUUUAAUAAAAAUCUUUGCGCCAAUGAAAGCCUACCCUUUCACGUCCUCCACCGCCACCACAAUGCGACAGAACUGCGGAGGAAGCCUUAUGUUUAACAUGUAUCUCUCAGACCCUACAGAAAAUCUUUUGAAGGACAGCAAAUGCUCUUCUUGGACCCCCAUCAACACAGGAGUGCAAAAAGGAAGUGGACAAAUCCAGCUAUGGCAGUUUCUUCUGGAGCUGCUGUCUGACAGCGCCAAUAUGAGCUGCAUCGCCUGGGAGGGCACCAAUGGAGAGUUUAAACUGAUAGACCCGGACGAGGUGGCCAGGCGGUGGGGGGAACGCAAGAGUAAACCGAACAUGAACUAUGACAAACUGAGCCGAGCUCUGCGCUAUUACUACGACAAAAACAUCAUGACCAAGGUGCACGGAAAGCGUUACGCGUACAAAUUUGACUUUAACGGCCUGGCGCAAGUGUGCCAGCCCUCCUCAACCGAACAAGCUAUUUACAAAUUCCAGAGCAACUUCGCUCCCCUCCAGUUUUCAGGCAUUUCCAAACUCAGUCUGGUUGCUCCAGGUGCUGGUCCGUCGGGGUUCUCAUACUGGCCCGGAUCUCCUCCGACCCUCUAUCACAGCCACAACCUGCAACCGCCUGGACCCUUCGGUGCCGUGUCUGCGUCACAUAUAAGUUGCGUUAACAAUAUCAACAGUUUAAACAACCUGAAUAAUAUCAAUAGUCACUAUAACUGAUUUUUUUUUUCAUUCUCCUCAGGAGUGCGCGGUGAUAGUCUAAGGCUAAUAGGGCCUAUUCAAAAGCGCAACUGAUUUUAACAUUUUAGACUAAUAUUCCAAUCAUACCCCAAAUAAGAAUAAAUAAAUAAAUAAAUGAAAAGGCCUUUAUUCGAUUGAAAGGAUAAUUUGGGAUAACAUUUGGUGGAUUGUUAAUGUUGAUCACUUUAAGAUAAGAAAGCAAUUUAGCGCCAUCUUAUGGAAAAAAGCACUAUCACUUCGUCACUGGUUAAUUCGUCAUUAAAAUCAGCUGGUUCGUCGUAGUCUGCAGAAGUGAAGAGAAAAUUAACGCAAUGUUGGAAACAAGUCUACAUGGUAUGAGAACAAAUGGUAAGAAGCAAAAUAGAAGAGUUCAGAUGCAAAAGCCUCUAGAAUAAGUGCCAUCUGAAAUUUUCUUCUAAAAUGAUCAUUUUCUCAGGCUUUCAUGUGUAGGUUCAGUAAUUUAUCUAAAGUGAAAUAAUUGAACAAAGGAGCCUGAGAAAAAUGCUGAUUAUAUAAGAAUAUUUCAGAUGGCACCUGGCUUUUGCAUCUGAACUCUUCAAAUAUGUUCGCUACACUUUUGUAAUCGAGCAUAGUUAGCACGCAUGUAAAGCGCUUUGAUAUUUCAUUAUUUAUUUUAUCGUCGACAUUGACUCGUGGACGGUGUCUGAAUAUUGGGCAUAGGGCUACAUUUUAAGAAGCGUAUGUCCUAAUAAACCCUAAAGAAUUUUUUUUUUUUUUUUCAUUUUCGUAUGGUCCACUUAAGCACGCAAAGACUGAUCACCAGUCUGUGUCCUCGCCUUGUUUUCACUCAAUUGAUUAUUUAGUUAUAAUGUAUUUUGCUUGUGACGGUACAUUAAAAUGAUUAAUGUAAAAAUUAUGACCUGUUUUAUUUGUUCAUUGUGUGUUUCUGUAGUAUUAACACAUCCUGUUUGGGUGGUUUAUAAAGUAAUUUUAAUUUAUUCUAUAAUAUGUGUGUGUAUGUAUAGGCUAAUGUAUUCCAUGAAAAGUCUAUAAUGUUUAUCAUUAAUCAUGUACAUUUUAGUAAUAAAAAUACACUUAUUAAACGCUUUUUAUACUAUUAAGUAAACGUAUGGGGGUUUUACAAGUAGGCCUA